AUGGAGGACGACUUCGGUGCUGACGCUGAUUUCCUCAGCGCAAUGGCAGCCUCGGUAUCAUCGAUGACACCUGCCAGGCCAUCCAAUGCUGCUUCUGCUGCUGCUGCCUCACCCGUCCCCGGCUCGAGUCGCGUGCAGCAGCCAGUGCCUCGGAAGAUCCAAGAGCCCACGCCUCAGAGGCUCGACAGGCCUCCUCCACCUGCUGCUGCCGCCCAAGGUGUCAAGCAGCCCACGCCCCAGGCCCUACCACAGCGGUCGGCGGGCUCUACCAUCCUGGUCUCUCCGAGGCAGAAGGGUAACCCAGUGCUGGCAUGCCUCAAGUCUGUGGCAUGGGAGUACAGCGAUAUUCCCGCCGACUACGGCUUGGGCCUGACGACCUGUGCCCUCUUCUUGAGUCUCAAGUACCACCGCCUCCACCCCGAGUACAUCUACACGCGCAUCCGCAACCUACAGGGCCGCUAUAACCUCCGCGUGCUGCUGGCCAUGGUCGACAUCCCCAACCACGAAGACUCCCUCCGCGAGCUCUCCAAGACCAGCCUGGUCAACAAUGUCACUCUCAUCCUGUGCUGGUCCGCCGCCGAGGCCGCCCGCUACCUCGAGCUGUAUAAGUCCUACGAGCACGCCUCCUUCGCUGCCAUCAAGGGCGCCCAGGCCACCGGCUAUGCUGAGAAGCUCGUUGAAUUCGUCACCGUACCCCGCGCCGUCAACAAAGCCGACGCCGUCGCCCUCGUCAGCACCUUUGGCAGCCUGCGAGCCGCCGUCAAUGCUGACCCGGAGACCAUCGGUAUUAUUAGUGGAUGGGGCGAGAAGAAGGUCAAGUCCUGGUGCGACGCAGUCGAGGAGCCUUUUCGUGUCAAAAGGGCCGCCAAAAGAGGGCUGGAACAAGGCGGUGACAGCUCGCGCGCCGGGAGGAGAAUACUCGAAGACGCUGUCCCCCUGGGGCGCGUGCCUCUGCGCGAUAUGGCGGGCACCCCAGAGUCCAGGAGCCGGGGUGUACCGGGGCCCGAUGCGGCUGAUGAGCAGGAGGCUAAGAGGGCGAGGCUAUCCCGUCCCGUACAGCAGGAGGAAGAGUACGAUGAAGAUGCUGAGCUUGCAGCUGCCAUUGAGGAGUCCAGACGGAUGGCCGAGGAGAAGAAGAAGCAGCAGGAGGAGGAGGAGCUCGGGGGUGGUGUGGCAGCCGCCUUGGCUAGGCUGAGGCAGAAUGGUUGA